CCGCGCGCACCCGGCCGCCUGGCUCCCCGGCCCGGGCCCCGCCAUGCCGCCACCGCCCGGGCCCGCCGCCGCCCUGGGCACCGCGCUUCUGCUGCUUCUGUUGGCCUCCGAGUCUUCGCACACCGUGUUGCUGCGGGCGCGCGAGGCGGCGCAGUUCCUGCGGCCCAGGCAGCGCCGCGCCUACCAAGUCUUCGAGGAGGCCAAGCAGGGCCACCUGGAGCGGGAGUGCGUGGAGGAGCUGUGCAGCAAGGAGGAGGCCCGGGAGGUGUUCGAGAACGACCUCGAAACGGACUAUUUCUAUCCAAGAUAUCAAGACUGCAUCAGAAAAUAUGGCAAGCCUGAAGACAAAAACCCAGAUUUUGCCACAUGUGUUCAGAACCUGCCUGACCAGUGUACCCCGAACCCCUGUGAUAAGAAGGGCACCCAAACCUGCAAUGACCUCAUGGGCAACUUCUUCUGCCUAUGCAGAACGGGCUGGGAAGGCCGGCUCUGUGACAAAGAUGUCGAUGAAUGUGGCCAGAAGAACGGGGGCUGCAGCCAGGUCUGCCACAACAAACCAGGCAGCUUCCACUGUGCCUGCCAUAGUGGUUUCACACUGGCUUCAGACAGCAGGACCUGCAAAGAUGUAGACGAGUGCACAGACUCAGACACCUGUGGGGAGGCACGCUGCAAGAACCUGCCAGGCUCCUACUCCUGCCUCUGCGACGAGGGCUACACAUACAGCUCCCAGGAGAAGGCCUGCCAAGAUGUGGAUGAGUGCCAGCAAGGACGCUGUGAGCAGACCUGUGUCAACUCCCCAGGCAGCUAUACCUGCCACUGUGAUGGGCGUGGGGGCCUCAAGCUGUCCCCAGACAUGGAUACUUGUGAGGACAUCUUGCCAUGUGUGCCCUUCAGCAUGGCCAAGAGUGUGAAGUCCUUAUACCUGGGCCGCAUGUUCAGCGGAACCCCUGUGAUCAGACUACGUUUCAAGAGGCUGCAGCCCACCAGGCUGGUGGCUGAGUUUGACUUCCGAACUUUUGACCCCGAAGGGGUCCUCUUCUUUGCUGGAGGCCGUUCAGAUAGUACCUGGAUCAUCUUGGGUCUAAGGGCUGGACGGCUUGAGCUGCAGCUGAGGUACAAUGGUGUUGGGCGUGUCACAAGCAGUGGCCCAGUCAUCAACCAUGGCAUGUGGCAGACGAUCUCUGUGGAGGAGCUGGAACGCAACCUUGUGAUCAAGGUCAAUAAAGAUGCUGUGAUGAAGAUCGCAGUAGCUGGAGAGCUGUUCCAGCUGGAGAGAGGCCUAUAUCACCUGAAUCUCACUGUGGGUGGCAUUCCCUUCAAGGAGAACGACCUUGUCCAGCCUAUUAAUCCUCGCCUGGAUGGGUGUAUGAGGAGCUGGAAUUGGCUAAAUGGGGAAGAUAGUGCCAUCCAGGAAACGGUGAAGGCAAAUACGAAAAUGCAGUGCUUCUCUGUGACAGAGAGGGGGGCCUUCUUCCCGGGGAACGCGUUUGCCUUCUACAGUCUCAGCUAUACCCGAACAUCGCAGGACGUCGGGACUGAAACCACCUGGGAAGUAGAAGUCGUGGCUCGAAUUCGCCCUGCCACUGACACAGGGGUGCUGCUAGCACUAGUGGGUGACAACCAUGCUGUUCCCCUCUCUGUGGCCCUGGUUGACUACCACUCCACAAAGAAACUCAAGAAACAGCUGGUAAUCCUAGCAGUCGAGGAUGUUGCUCUGGCACUGAUGGAGAUCAAGGUGUGCGAUAGCCAGGAGCAUGUGGUCACUGUCUCUGUGAGAGAGGGCGAGGCCACACUGGAGGUGGAUGGCACCAAGGGCCAGAGUGAAGUGAGCGCUGCCCAGCUGCAGGAGAGGCUGGCCUUCCUUGAAACACAUCUGCAAGGCUCUGUACUCACCUUCAUUGGGGGCCUGCCAGAUGUGCCAGUGACUUCUGCACCCGUCACGGCGUUCUACCGAGGUUGUAUGACACUGGAGGUGAACCAGAAGAUCUUGGACCUGGAUGAGGCUUCAUAUAAGCACAGUGACAUCACCUCACACUCCUGCCCACCUGUGGAACACAUCACACCCUAGACCAAGCUGCUCCAGCACCCAUGAUCAAGAGCCUCUACACCUUCCUCCACACAGAGGGAGGCAGAGGCAUGGACACCCAGAACCAGCUCCUGGAGCAGGUGGGCUGCCACCCUUGUGGCUGUUUCCUUUGAGAUCUCUCUUUGUCUUGUAACAUAUCUGUACAUAGUGAGACUGGUAUUAGGUCAGGGGCUUCUCACUCAGCCACUUGGCCCAAUGUGAGCUGGCUAGAAGGGGAUGGGUGGGACGGCCAGCAGCUCACAGCAGAGUGGACUUAAAAAUAAUUCUCUAUUAUUUUUAUUACCACAUGCUUCUUUCUGAUUCUAAAAUAUGGACAAUAAAAUAUUUACAAAACCCUUUUUAA